UGUGUGUUAUUUAUGCUACUGAACUAAUUGCUGUGUCACUUUUUAAAUUGCAGCCUUUUGUGUAUUUCAAACAUGUAUGCAAUUUGAUUUGUGGCUGUUUUGUUGCUGCAUGGGACAAAUUGGGGGAAAGACGCUAAGGCUGCAACUUCCAAUUAUUAGUUUCUUAAUUAUCUAUUCAUGACAGAAAAUAGCCAAAUAAUCCAUCACAGUUCCCUAGAGCCUAAGGCGACAUCUACAAAUGACUUGUUUUGUCUGGCCAACCUCUAAAACCCAAUGAGAACGAAAGAAAAUGAUCAUAUUUAAGAAUCUGGAAACAUAUUUUUGUUCGAAAAAUGAACAGUGGAUUAUUUGCCAACGAGUUUCUGCUCAUUAACUAUUCCAAUGUUUGUUCCGUGUGUCAGAGAACUAGGGUUAUGUCUGAAACUUUUUAUUUUAUUUUCUAUUUCUGUAGUUUACUUUGUGUGUUAUUUAUAUAACCUGUGACAUUUUGUCAUUUUGUGUAUUCCUACUAUGAAUCCACUCAGAAUACUAUAAUUUGAUGUAUUUGGACAUUGAAGUUGUGUGACAUUGGUAUCCACCAAGCUACCUACGCCACCAUGUGCCUUGAAUUUACCUUUGUUUUAGGGUAAGCUAGCUGUGUCUGGUGUGCACACCGUUCACAGCAGGCUUAAGUGGGUUUAAUGUCACAACUGUCAAGGCUUCAAAUUCUCCAAACGUGAUUACCCAUGUCACCUGCUCCACCCUGUCGAGCUGCCCAGAGGCGUGAGGCAUUUCAGACACGAACGACAGUACGUACGUGCUCGUAUGUGACUAAGUCAAAACUCUGAUUUAUCUUGUAGGUGUUAAGCUCAAAGACUGUCUUGCAGAGUGAUAACAGAUGAAUCCUACUCAUGGACACUUUGACGUUCGUUUUGGCUCCUAUUGUGAUCAAACCUGUGACCCCUGUGACGGUCUUUCUCUCCGCCAGUAUCCUCUCUAGCAGAUAUAUCUCCCCCCCCCUAAUUCUGCCUCAAAAUGGUUGACUGUUGUCUUUUUUUCUGCUUGCCCAUGUUGAGCUGGGAGAUUAGAGCAAUCAGAUUAGGAGUGCUGCUGACCUGCAGGCAGGGGAGAGAGAGUGGGCAGCGAGGACUCAUACGGAGCUCUUCUACCUUACUUAAUGUGUUUCCACUACUUCAGCUGGUCUGUGAACCUGUUUCUCUCGAUGUCGUACGACUUUUAUAUCAUUCCAUAAGAGGUUUGUCACAGUCUGAUGACCCCCUCCAGGGGUAAAGCUGCGGAGCAAUGAAGACAGGCUCUCAAAUCCGCCUGUUACUGUGGAAGAACUGGACCCUCCGCAAGAGACAGAAGGUCCGCUUCCUGGUUGAGAUCUGCUGGCCAGUGUUGUUAUUCAUUGGUCUGGUGUGGCUGAGGAAGGCCAAUCCACUGUACCAACAACAUGAAUGUCAUUUCCCCAACAAGGCCAUGCCUUCAUCAGGGAUUCUGCCCUGGAUCCAGGGCAUCUUCUGCAACGUCAACAACCCCUGCUUCAGAUAUCCAACCAGAGGAGAGUCUCCAGGCGUUGUCUCCAACUAUAAUAACUCGGUAUUGGCCCGGUUCUAUGUUGAUGCCCAGGAGCUUCUGCUCAAUGAGGCGGAGGUCCAGCAGCUCGGCCGUCUUUGGCAUGAUGUGUCGUCCUUCUCAAACUUCAUGGAGACAUUACGCAACAACCCAUCUGUGGUGUCAGGCCGUGGGCUGAAGAUAAAUGAUAUUCUGAAGGAUGACGAGGUUCUGACGGCUUUCCUUUUGCAGAACACUGGCCUCUCGGAGUCUAUAGUCUACCAGCUCGUCAAUGCAGAAAUACGACUAGAACAGUUUGCCUUUGGUAUCCCAGACCUGCAGCUGAAAGACAUAGCCUGCAGCCAGGCUCUGCUGGAGCGCUUCAUCAUCUUCCCCAGUCGCAUGGGGCUCCACGGGGUUCGCAACGCCAUGUGUGCCCUCAGCCAGCAAAGCCUGCAGAAGAUAGAGGACAUCCUCUAUGCUAACCUGGACUUCUUCAAAAUCUUCAAACUGAUGCCUCAGGUUCUGUACAGCAGCUCCGAGGGGAUUGACCUGCACCUCUGGGGUCGGGUUCUGAAGGCAACGUCAGAGAAGAUCCAAGUUCUGAUGGAACGGAAGAGUUCUCAGGAGCUCCUGAAGGCGGUUUCCUCUAUGUUUCAAAGCGGGGGUCCCGCCUCAUUCACACAGCUGAUGUCCAGUGUGUCGAGCCUCUUCUGUGGAUACCCAGAGGGAGGCGGCUCCAGGGUCCUGUCCUUCAACUGGUAUGAGGACAACAACUACAAGGUGUUUCUGGGAGUCAAUGUAACCAAGAACCACAACUAUGUCUAUGACGACACUGCCACUCCCUCCUGCAACGCCUUGAUGCAGACCCUGGAGUCCAACCCUGUCACAAAGAUUGUGUGGAAUUCAGUCAAGCCCCUGCUGAUGGGAAAAAUCCUGUACACCCCCGACUCCCCUGCCGUCCACAAGAUAUUAAAGAGAGCCAACACAACAUUCGAGGAGUUAGAGAGGUUGCAGAACAUGGCCAAGGCCUGGGGGGAGUUGGGACCUCAACUCUGGACUUUCUUCGACAGCAGUUUACAGAUGAACAUGAUCAGGGACACGUUGAGGAACCCGACAGUGGUGCACUUCAUGGACAAUAGUCUGGUGGACACUGACUUUACCACCAAACACAUUCUUAACUUCCUGUACAACGGUCCAGAGAAAUACAGGGAGGCGGACAUGCCCAACUUUGACUGGAGGAAUAUUUUUAACAUCACCGACCAGAUCGUACGCAUGUUCAACCAGUACGGAGAGUGCAUCAACCUGGAUAAGUUUGUGGCUUACACAGAUGAGUCCCAGAUGACCCAUCAGGCCUUGUACCUACUGGAGGAGAACAAGUUUUGGGCCGGCGUGGUCUUCAUGGACAUGUAUCCCUGGACCACAAGUGUACCGCCGCAUGUCAAGUACAAGAUCCGCAUGGACAUUGACGCAGUCGAGCGCACCAACAAGAUCAAAGACAGGUACUGGGACCCCGGCCCCAGAGCAGACCCCAUGGAGGAUCAGAGGUACAUCUGGGGAGGCUUUGCCUACCUGCAGGACAUGAUUGAACACGGCAUCAUCAAGCAUCACACAGGCCAAGACUGGCCACUCGGGGUCUACGUCCAGCAGAUGCCGUAUCCGUGCUACGUGGAUGACCACUUCAUGAUCACACUGAACCGCUGCUUCCCCAUGUUCAUGGUGCUGGCCUGGAUCUACUCUGUGUCCAUGACUGUGAAGAGCAUUGUGCUGGAGAAGGAGCUGCGCCUCAAGGAGACUCUCAAAGCCUUGGGGGUCGACAACGGAGUCAUUUGGUACACGUGUUUCAUCGACAGCUUCGUCAUGAUGACUGCAAGCACGGCGCUGCUCACCUCCAUCAUCAUGGGUGGAAAAGUGCUGAAUUACAGCAACCCCAUCCUUGUCUUCUUUUUCCUGCUGACUUUCACCAUCGCCACCAUCAUGCAGUGUUUCCUGAUGAGUGUGUUCUUCAACAAGGCCAACAUGGCAGCCGCCUGCAGCGGCAUCAUCUACUUCACCCUCUAUCUGCCGCAUAUCCUCUGCUUUGCCUGGCAGGACCGCAUCACCAAGAACAUAAAGAUGGCUGCUAGCUUGUUGUCUCCAGUGGCCUUUGGCUUCGGGACAGAGUACCUGUCGCGGUAUGAGGAGCAGGGUUUGGGUCUGCAGUGGAACAACAUCAUGACCAGCCCGUUAGAGAAAGACACCUACUCCUUCCUCACUUCCAUUCUCAUGAUGGUGUUUGAUGCUGUCCUCUACGCCGUCCUGGCCUGGUAUCUGGAUAACGUCUUCCCAGGACAGUACGGCAUUAGUCGACCAUUCUACUUCCCAUUCCAGGCCUCCUACUGGCAAAUGCCUGCACCCUCACAGACAGCAAUUCCUGAUCAAUAUCCAGAGACUCCUGAAACAGGCAACUUGGAGAAGGACACUGAUAGCAGGGGAACACCGGAGACAUACACCUGUAAUGGUUCAGCGGGCAGGAAAGCCUGUAAGCACCAACGUAAGAGGGAUCAACUGGAGAGAGAGAGGGAGCUGCUAAGACGACAUGAGGAAACUCCAAACGAGGAGGAUUGUCAGGAAGGUCAGUUGUUCUUUGAGCCUGAGCCAUUGGGCCUGGUGAUGGGGGUGCAGAUUCAGGACCUGAUGAAGGUGUAUGAUGGAAGUUGUCGUCCAGCUGUCAACUGUCUCAACAUCAAUUUCUAUGAAGGCCAGAUCACAUCCUUUUUGGGUCACAACGGGGCUGGAAAAACCACCACUCUGUCCAUCCUGACUGGCCUGUUCCCUCCUACAUCUGGCACAGCUUACAUUAAUGGAAGCGACAUUAGGACUGACAUGGACACAAUUCGCUCCUCCCUGGGGAUGUGCCCGCAGUACAACAUCCUCUUCAAACAUCUCACAGUGGAAGAGCACAUCCUGUUCUACUCACUGCUGAAGGGUCGGACUCAGGAGGAGGCGGAGAGGGAGGUUGAGGACAUGCUGGUGGACCUCGGGCUGCCUCACAAGAGAGACGACGAGGCUCAGCAUCUCUCAGGCGGUAUGCAGAGGAAACUGUCAGUUGCCAUGGCGUUCGUUGGUGGGUCAAAGGUUGUGAUCCUGGACGAACCCACCUCGGGAGUGGACCCCUAUUCCAGGAGAUCUAUCUGGGACCUCCUACUGAAAUACAGAGCUGGCCGGACAGUGAUCCUAUCAACUCAUCACAUGGACGAAGCUGAUCUGCUGAGUGACCGCAUCGCCAUCAUCUCCAAAGGACAACUCCACUGCUGCGGAUCCCCCCUCUUCCUCAAGAACUGUUUUGGAGUCGGUUUCUAUUUGACACUUGUUCGCCGGAUGAAGGAUCUCAAGAAGAAGGAGAAUGAUUGCGACUGUGCCUCAGACUGCUCCUGUUCCUGCUCCAUGUGUACCAGAUACAAAGAUCAGCCUCAGAACCAGUCCCAGCACCUAGACAGAGCUCUGGAUGGGGAUAUAGACAACAUCACCAGCCUCAUCCACCACCACGUUCCUGAAGCCAAGCUGAUCGAGAUGAUCGGCCAGGAGUUGACCUAUCUUCUUCCCAAUAAGGGCUUCAAACAUCGAGCGUAUGCCAGUCUGUUCAGGGAGCUGGAGGAGACGCUUGCUGACAUGGGCCUCAGCAGCUUUGGCAUCUCUGAUACAUCACUAGAAGAGAUCUUCAUAAAGGUCACUACUGAUGGAGAAGCUGCGAAUAAUGCCACCACUCCUGAACAGUGGAUGUUACAGCGGAGAAAAAACAACGGCAAAGUUGAUGUAGAGGGAGAUGAAGAACACAAUGGUGUGAUGCGGACUAACGGCAUUACCCACGGUGCAUCAGACAGCAGUGCAGGAAAGGGCUCCAGGCAGGUUAAAGGGUGCACUCUGAUCCUGAAGCAGUUCCAUGCACUGCUAGUGAAGAGGUUUCACCACUCCAUAAGAAGCCAGAAAGACUUCCUGGCACAGAUCAUCCUUCCUGCCAGUUUUGUCCUAAUAGCGCUGAUCUUCACCAUGAUCGUCCCUCCGUUUGGAGAAUAUCCAAGUCUGACUCUGUCCCCCUGGAUGUACGGACAACAGUUCACCUUCUUCAGUAACGAGCAACCAUUUGACCCCAAAAUGAAACGCUUCACAGAGCGUUUACUGAGCAGACCAGGCCUGGGGACACGCUGCAUGGCAGGAGAACCACUAGAAAUGCCCUGUAGUAACAGUACAUCAGAGUGGGAGAAUCCUGACGCCUCUCCUGUGGUCAGCAACAUCUUACAGAGUCCAGAGUGGAACCAGAGAAACCCGUCUCCUUCCUGCCAGUGCAGCACCAGUAAGAAGCUCACCAUGAUGCCCAUCUGUCCCAUCGGAGCAGGAGGCCCGCCCCCUCGCCAACGAAUCGAGGCCACGGGAGACACGAUGCUGGACCUGACGGACAGGAACAUCUCUGACUACCUGGUUAAAACCUACGCCAGUCUCAUCAAGACCAGUUUGAAGAGCAAAUACUGGGUGAAUGAACAAAGAUAUGGAGGUCUGUCAGUGGGAGGACAGCUUCCCAUCCUGGACGUCGACCCCAAAGACAUCCAGAAUGUUUUCAAUCAACUGGGACGAAUGCUCAACAUCACAGCGGGUUACUAUUCUGGACUUGCUCUGAGGGAGAUUGGUCCUUUCUUACGAUACAUGGAAAGUGAAUUCAAUGUAAAGGUGUGGUAUAAUAACAAAGGCUGGCACGCCAUGGUGGCCUUCAUGAAUGUGGGCAAUAACGCCAUUCUGCGGGCCUUCCUACCUCCAUUUGCCAAACCUGUCGAGUUUGGCAUCACCGCAAUCAACCACCCCCUGAACCUCACCAAAGAGCAGCUCUCCGAAGUCACAGUGUUGACCACUUCAGUAGACGCUGUGGUGGCUAUCUGUGUUAUUUUCGCCAUGUCCUUCAUCCCUGCGAGCUUCGUCCUCUACCUCAUCCAGGAGCGCGUGACCAAGGCCAAGCACCUGCAGUUUGUCAGUGGGGUCAGCCCUUUAGUGUACUGGGUGGCCAAUUUCUUCUGGGACAUGGUUAACUACUUCCUCAGCACUGCAUUGGUGGUUGGCAUUUUCAUGGCUUUCGACAAAAAGUGCUACACAUCACCAUCCAACCUGCCAGCACUAAUAACUCUGCUUCUACUAUAUGGGUGGUCGGUGACGCCCAUGAUGUACCCCAUGUCCUACAUAUUCAGUAUCCCAAGCACUGCGUAUGUGUCGCUGUCCUGCAUCAACCUGUUCAUAGGCAUCAACAGCAGCGCCAUCACCUUCAUCCUGGAGCUCUUUGAAAACAAUCGGUCCUUGCUGAUGUUCAAUGAGUGGCUAAAGAAAGGUCUGCUGGUGCUCCCUCACUUCUGCCUGGGGAGAGGACUGAUAGACAUGGCCAUGAGCCAGGCUGUUACUGAUGUUUAUGCCAGAUUUGGUGAAGAGUACAUACAGGACCCUUUCCGGUGGGACUUUGUCGGGAAAUAUAUUGCUUUCAUGGCAGUGGAAGGCUUUGUCUACUUUAUUUUCAAUGUACUGAUCCAGUACCGGUUCUUCUUGAACCACUGGUUGUCAGACUACACACAGACUUCAGUAAGAGAUGAGGACGAUGACGUGGCAGCAGAGAGGCAGAGAAUUUAUAAUGGAGGGAGCAAGACAGACAUCCUGCAGAUCAGAGAUCUCUCUAAGACAUAUGUGGGCAGGAAGAGGGCAGCUGUGGACCGAAUUUGUGUGGGUGUCCCCGCCGGAGAGUGCUUUGGUCUCUUGGGAGUUAAUGGAGCCGGAAAGACGACAACCUUCAAGAUGCUGACUGGUGACACUGAUGUCAGCUCCGGGGAGGCUACUGUGGCUGGUUACAGCAUCCGGACAGAGAUUCUGGACGUGCACCAGAACAUGGGUUACUGCCCUCAGUUUGAUGCCAUCGAUGAGCUACUAACCGGCAGGGAGCAUCUGUACCUCUACGCUCGUCUCAGAGGAGUGCCUGAGUCAGAGAUCCCCAGAGUGGCAGAGUGGGGCAUCCAGAAGCUGGGUCUGACGGAGUAUGCCGGCCGCUGUGCGGGGACAUACAGUGGAGGCAACAAGCGCAAACUCUCCACAGCUAUCGCAAUGAUUGGUUGCCCGGCGCUGGUGCUGCUGGAUGAGCCCACGACAGGGAUGGACCCCCAUUCUCGACGCUUCCUGUGGAAUGCCAUCAUGAGUGUCAUCCAGGACGGCAGGGCCGUGGUGCUAACAUCACACAGUAUGGAGGAGUGCGAGGCCCUCUGCACUCGACUUGCCAUCAUGGUCAAUGGGAAUUUCAAGUGUCUGGGUACCAUUCAGAAUCUCAAAUACAAAUUUGGUGACGGCUACGUAGUGACCAUGAAAAUCAAGGCAGCUAAAGCGGGCUUGUCCCCAGAUCUGGAGCCUGUCGAGAGCUUCAUAGAGAGCAGCUUUCCUAGCUGCGUUCAGAGGGAGAAGCACUACAACACGCUGCAGUACGAGAUCGCCUCCUCCUCCCUAGCCAGGAUAUUUCAGCUGGUGGUGGCCAAUAAAGAGAGACUCAGCAUCGAAGACUACUCUGUUUCCCAGACAACACUGGACCAGGUGUUUGUCAACUUUGCCAAGCAACAGACAGGAGAGGACGAGGACAUGACUUUACACAGACGAACAGCAGGUGGAAGAAAAGACAUCAAGAUCUCACCGGUGCAGAGGAAGACAUGAAAAUGUCCCGUAAAUGUAAAGAAACACAGAUGUAAAGGUGCAGUGAUAUAACUUUCUACAUUCCACAAUUCAAAGCCACUUUUAAUAAUUCACUAGCCGAAUUGCAUUUUAGAAUAGAGACAAGUUUGGCCUGUUUACCUGCCAAAGUGACUGGUAGAACAGUUGAUGUUUCCAGCCACAGACAAACUUUACAAACAGGAAUUAAUCUUCCAUGAUAUCAUCAAAAACCCAAGUAUGUCUGAAACAUUACUUAGACUUGAAAUCAUAUGUGUUAACAGCAGAAACAGCAGCUUCUUCAUGUAAAAUAUUUUUUAAAAAGAGAUUUUUUUCUUAGAUUGACUGGCUUGUAAAACUUUGUACAUAUUCUCUCUUUGUGUAAUGAAUACUUAGAAGCAGUAUUUUUUACAUUAACGCACACCUCAAUUUUAUGUGACGCAUAUAAACAAAAGUCCUUUAAUGUUGGUUCUCUGUUUUUUCCAAAACACGUGUACUAUUGCUUGCUUUCUUUUCAGUAAUCCACUGUUGUGCAUUUAAGUAUUUAUGUGUAUGCCCUGUUUCAUACAUUGACAUGUUAUGUUGUUCUCCAGUGUCGGUACAAAAUAGUGCAAAAUAUUCCUCUUGAAGGAUCCAAUUUGGGGGGAAAAGGCAUUUAAAUAAAUAUAGCUGUAGAUAACGAGGAAUUAUAUUUUGUAUCUGACCAAAUAAAACUUCAUAUUUUAUGCUCUUGGCUAGCUGAUUGUUACUGCAUCAUCAUUCCCAAAUAAAACAGUCCGGAGUUUCCUAAUGUAAUAUGCAUGUGUGCAAUAUUUCUUGAAAAUAUUCCUCAAAUAAUUCAGCCCUCUCUCUCAUAAAACUACUGGAUUCUACUGCAUUUAGUGAGAUGAAGAGUUGAUGACUUUUCACUCCCAUGACCUGAAAUAACGCCAGCUAAGAAAGCUACUGCAGUCCAGUGGAGAGUACCUUCACACCGAGGCCAUUGUGCUGAGUGGCUUGUCACAACCUGUAUUUUUUCUGACAUAAGAUCCAAUUACUGUUGUCCUGCCGCAAGUGAUGGUGUCAUAGCCUCAGGCAGCCCACCGGCCUGAAUUUCAUUGGCUACCUCAAAGAAACAGAGGGAUGAUGGCAGGGUGCAAUUCAGGGCUGCUAAUGAAUUCUCUGGUGUGAAUCUCAUGCUCCUCUCCUGCCCAUAUGGUCAUCUGGAUGAAGCUGAUGAACAUGAAUAGUGCCGCUGUGGGAGAGCAAAUGAGUCACACUGUAACAGGCUGUGAAAUGUGACUGUAUACUGCUAAACACUGGGCUAAUUGCACAUUGUGUUAUCCAUUUCAUAAGAACUAAAACCUAUUGAAUCAGUAUUGUAAAUGUGCACAAAUAUUAACACCAUUGUGGUUCGAUACGGUUGAACACAAAUAUAUAAUUCUACACAAACUAAUUUUUGCAUGAACUCAAGUGAAAAUUGUGGGAUAUUAAAGUGCUUUUUUUCUACAAUGUGCAAGUGGAGCUUAAUCAUAAAUUCAGUGCAUGGACUUAUUAAUAUUACUCACACAGCAUUAUACCAUAUACAAGCCUACAUGGUCACACCUUGCAUGGCCACUUGCAAAGCUACACAAUAGUGGUUCAUCUGAGUAUAUUGAUUGAAUUAACAAGGUUGAAUUUGGUUUCUCAUAAACACAUAUUUCAUUUCAUUUUCUAAAGGAAGAAUGUGUUAUUUCCUCUCAACAUUUAUGGAAACGUGCUUGCUUUGAGAGAGAGAGAGAGAGAGAGAGAGAGAGAGAGAAAAUUGAGGCAUUAGCUUAAGUUAGCUUAAAGACACAAGGCACAAACUCCCUUCUAAAACCACAAAUUGUCAUCUUUAUAUUUCUUUUGAUGUACAGAUUAAACACAAAAUAAUUAAGUGUUAAUAAGUAAGCUUUAUAGAUGCUGGAGGAGAAAGCCCGACUAGCCAAGGUCAGGAAUCAAUACAUCAACAAAAUGUCCAACCUGUAUUUGCAAUUAUUUCUAAUAUUUUUGUAUUUCAUACACCCAGUGAUAGACAUACAUGUAAACGUAUUAACCCAAUUAACUAUAUGUGCAUAUUUACAUUCAUGCAUGCAUCCAGAUAAACCGACGUCCACAUUUAUAAAUAAACUAAAAGCGUUAUUAUGCUAAGUGCUCCAUUUGACACACCAUCAUCUCUGUCAGCUUAAUGCAUCUAUCAUUAAAUGACGUUUAAUGAAAUGGCUGUGUUAAGAAAGGAGCAGUACUACAGCUACAAAAGGAAAGUUAGGGGAAUGGGAAUUUUAAUAGAAAUUAACUUACAGAUGCCGCCUAAAUUGAAGACUUAAAUGAACAGAAAACUGCCUAAUUCACAUAACUUAAUUAACCAAGAGAGGUCCAAUCUCAUUCAAUAUCAAAUAUGAAACACAAAUAUAUGCUACAAUGCUGGUAUGUUGAAGUAGAGAGAAGAAAGAGUUCAUCCUACAAAACUGAUCCCUAAGGACUUGACAGGACCACAGACUUAAUUAACAUGUUCGGCCUCAGCUCACCCUCAGAAUCACCCUCUAUAGUACCUCCACCUACUUAUCACAAGCAGCUAAUCCAUCCAAGACGCCCUGCUUUAGAUCAAUACACAUGAAGUGAACUAUUUGAUCAACUGUGUUUAUUGCUAAAUCCAUUCUACACAGCAGCGAUUGCUAUAAAACUGUCUUGUCUCCGCCUUGUCCAUUUUGC